AUGGAAGUGGUUAAGGACAUCACGGAGACGGCGGCCGUGGACCUGGGGGACCUGCUGGACGCCGGGGACUGCGCUGUGGUGACGCUGACGGCGGGCGACACGCGGCUGUUGGCGCACAGGGCCGUCCUGGCGGACAGGAGCCCUGUGUUCGCCGCCAUGUUCGCCCACGACACCCUCGAGGCCAGCAGCGGCGCGGUGAGCAUCCUGGACGUGGGGGGCCCGGUGCUGAGGCAGCUGGUCUCCUACCUGUACACCCUGCGGGCCCCCCAGCUGCCCGGCGCGGCCCCCCAGCUGCUGGCCGCAGCGGAUAAGUACGGGGUGUCGCGGCUGAAGGCGGAGUGCGAGCGGCAGGUGGCCGCUCAGCUGACCGUCGAGACGGCGGCGGCCGCAGCCGUCCUCGCAGUCCGCCACUCCUGCAGUGACCUCAGGCGAGCCGCCAUCGAAUUUAUUAAGGCACGUACCCACGAGGUGAUGGCCACUCAGGGGUGGGCAGAUGCGAUGCGGAAGCAGCCGGAAGACUUGAUCGAAGUGAGCCGGUUGCUGUACGAUCCACCACUAAAAAGCAGCACACCAGCCGUCACCGCCACUACUGCCACUGCCACCACCACCACUGACGCCACCACCACCACCGCCACCACCACCACUGCCAACGCACCCCGCCAGACACCUGCUGCAGCUGCACUUCCCACAUCUCCUCCACCUGGAGAAGCCACUGUCUCUCGCAUGCGCCCACCAGCCGCUACACGGCUGAGGCCCACCACCACCACCACCACCGCCGUCGCCACUGCCGCCACCACCUCCACCACCACCAACACCAACACCGCCACAGCUGCCACCACCACCACUGCCGGCACAACCCGCCAGACUCCUACUGCUGCUGCUGCACCGCCCACGACUCCUGCGCCUGAUCACGCCACUGUCUCUCACUUGCGGAGCCUCUCUGCUAAGGAGAGGGGCAGGAGGCUGGUCCAGGCGGCUGAGGUGGGGUCAGUGGGGCAGCUGAGGGCGCUGAUCGCCGCAGGGGCCGACGUGGGGGCGAGGGGCGAAGCCCAUGGCCACGCAGAAGUGGCGGCUGCGCUGCUCGUCGCGGGGGCCGACAGGGGGGCCACAACUCGUGGUGGGCGGACAGCGCUGGACUUCGUCGGGUGGUGCAACCACAGGCGGCUGGUGGAGAUGCUGUCAUGA